GUAGGUGAAGUUACGGUUAGUUUUGCAGAAAUAAAAAUAACCGUGUAAAACGCCGUGGGUACAGAGCUUCCUGGAUGACAGGAGGGACCCAGAUUGAGCAGAAACUCGUCCAACAUGGCCGGCCAGGAAGAUCCAGUGCAAAGAGAGAUUCACCAAGACUGGGCGAAUCGAGAGUAUAUAGAAGUCAUUACAAGCAGCAUUAAAAAAAUAGCUGAUUUCCUCAACUCAUUUGAUAUGUCUUGUCGCUCUCGUCUGGCCACACUCAACGAGAAGUUGACAGCAUUGGAGAGGAGGAUUGAGUACAUAGAGGCCAGAAUUGCGAGAGUGCAGUCCAUAGAAAAAUGGGAGCUGACAAAAGGAUUAGUCGGACUGAGCGCAGUGGUCGGUAUGGUUCUGACCAGUCCCGAGAUGAAUCAGAGUGGCGAGACAGGCGAGACCGGGACCCAGAUCGUGAUCGCAGCAUGCGCCGUUGGAGUGAAGAGAGACGUAAUGAUCGGUAUGAUCGAGGAUCAAGAGACAGUCCAGAGGGAGAGGAAACGACGAAACAGUGAUAGAUCAGAAGAUGGUUAUCAGUCAGAUGGUGACUAUCAAGAGCAAGAUUACAGAAGGGAGCCAGGGGAUGAGAGGAAAAGCAAGACCAUCAUGCUUGGGGGUCUGUCUCUUCAAGUUACCGAGGAUGAUAUCCGUUUUGCCAUAGACCAACUAGAGGGACCCCAGCCCAUAGAUGUGAGACUAAUGAAAAAGAGAACAGGUAUAAGCCGUGGUUUCGCCUUCGUGGACUUUUAUCACUUGCAAGAUGCUACCAGAUGGAUGGAGACCAAUCAGCAACGUCUGGUCAUCCAGGGCAAAGUCGUGGACAUGCACUACAGUCACCCAAGAAACAAGUAUGAAGACUGGCUCUGCAACACUUGUGGCCUCUACAAUUUCCGGAGGCGGCUGAAGUGCUUCAGGUGUGGAGCGGCCAAAGCUGACAGUGAAGCAAACAAUAACGCAGGGUUCUCUGAAAUUCAGCCCAGUGGGGAUUUUUAUGGCGACACAAUCAUCUUGAGAAAUAUUGCCCCUUUGAGCACCGUGGAGGCCAUCUUGACAAUUCUGGCACCAUAUGCUAACCUGUCAGCUAACAACAUACGCCUCAUUAAGGACAAACAGACAGGCCAGAACAGGGGCUUUGCCUUUGUGCAGUUGUCUUCUCCUCUGGAAGCAUCUCAGCUACUAACCAUCCUACAGGGGCUGCAACCUCCUCUAAAGCUGGAUGGAAAAACAAUCGGAGUGGAUUAUGCUAAGAGUGCUAGGAAGGACCUUUUGCUGCCAGAUGGGAAUCGUGUUAGUGCCUUUUCUGUGGCCAGCACAGCCAUCGCUGCAGCCCAGUGGUCAUCAACCCAGGCACAGCAGAGCUCAGAUGGAAUGUCAGAGUACGCAUACCUCCAAGAAGGCUACACUCCACUCUCACAGGACUACCAAACAUAUUUCCAUCAAGGAGCAGGAGCCAGCACCUCUCAAGGAAAUGGAAUCCUAGGAGCUGCCCCUGGUGUAAAGAUUGUGCCAACUGCAGUUGGAGUUGUAAUAUCACAGAAUGCCCAGGUCUACCAACCCCAUAUUAUUGCACAGCCUGCUGUGCAGGCUUUGCCAAUUGCCCACCAACUGGAGGCAAAAUCCCAUUCGGGGCAUCUCUCUGCCCUUGAUGCUGCAUCUAUUCCAGCCGUUGCUCUGGGUGCUGCUGCUGCUGGAGCGUUAGCAGCCCCCGGACAGAUGCUGGACGCAGCUGCUCCCGAUACAUCCACCUACCAGUAUGAUGAGUCCUCUGGCUACUACUACGACCCUCAAACUGGCCUCUACUAUGACCCAAAUUCACAUUAUUACUACAAUGCUCAGACGCAGCAGUAUCUGUACUGGGACAGUGAGAAGCAAACGUAUGUUCCUGCCCCAGCCAACUCAAACGCUGGACAAAGUGAUCAAACAGCAAAUGGCUCUGCGUCAACAAGUGGCAAAGAGCCUAAAGAAGGCAAAGAGAAAAAGGAGAAGCCCAAAAGCAAGACGGCACAGCAGAUUGCUAAAGACAUGGAGCGGUGGGCUAAAAGCCUAAACAAACAGAAAGAAAACUUCAAGAGUAGCUUUCAGCCUAUUAGUCAGGAAGAGAGGAAGGAGGCAGCAGCUGCUGAUGCUGGCUUUACACUGUUUGAGAAGAAGACAGGUCUAGACAGACUCACAAUGGAGGUGGCGAGGAGUGUUGAAGAAGAGGCCAUCAGCUCGGCCAACUCGUCUAAAAGUGGCCUGGUGGCAGCAUACAGUGGAGACAGUGACCCAGAGGAAGGAGGAACAGACCUCGAUGGUGGUGAUGGAAUCCUGGACAACCUGACAGACUGGAAGAAGAUGGCUUGUCUGCUCUGUAGGAGACAGUUUCCCAACAAGGAGGGGUUAGUUCGACAUCAGCAGCUCUCUGAUCUUCACAAGAAAAAUAUGGAAGUCCUCAAAAGAUCCAAAAUGACCGAAGAAGAGCUUGAGGAGUUGGAGAGGAAGGAGUCUGAGCUGAAGUACAGGGACAGAGCAGCUGAAAGGAGAGAGAAGUAUGGCAUCCCAGAACCUCCCGCUCCUAAAAAGAAGAAAUUUAACCAACCAACACCUGCCAUCAACUACGAACAGCCGACCAAAGAUGGCCUUAACAGCGAUAACAUUGGGAACAAAAUGCUGCAGGCCAUGGGCUGGAAAGAGGGCAAAGGGCUCGGUCGCAGACAGCAGGGCAUCACUGCUCCAAUCGAGGCACAGCUGAGAACAAAGGGAGCUGGACUUGGCACUAAAGGCACCAACUACACGCUCUCACCGUCAGACACGUACAAAGACGCUGUCCGAAAAGCCAUGUUUGCUCGCUUCACGGAACUGGAAUGAGCGAACUGUCUCAGUCCAAGUUGUUUUGUGUUGAAUUGCCUCUUUUACGUCUCGUCCGUGUCACAGGAAGCAGAAUACACCGAUAACUUGACAGCACAUACGAUCAGUAACUGUUGUACCUCCUACCAGACAGCAGGGAAAUGUGUGUUGUUGUCACAUUGAGAGUUAUUGACAUAAUUUAUCAUUUGUACAUAUGCACAGUGGGAGGUCUUUUCUCAUUUAUAUAGUCAUUUCUCUUUAUAAUUGAUUUAUCAAUCAGAUUUUCCUUUUUCUUUUUUAUCUUAACAUGUUAAGAUUGUACAGUUUAUACAAAAUCAACUUGUCUGAUUGUAAAGAAAAUAAAUGGCAAGACAUGAUUUGUUCUGGUCGACGUAUUUAAUUGUAGAAGUAACAUUUUAUAACCACUUUGUGAAAUGAGCCAACCUGAAUUUCUGUAUGGAAUAGGUCUAAUACAAAAAAGAAAGCUGCAGUACAUCAUUUUCUGGAUCUGAUCAGAAACAGGAUCAGCAGAAUUAUGUUGACAUAACCGUACAGGUGAUUGUCCACGUUCUAACUCCAUUUUAAGGUUAUGAGCUGACAAUUUAA